AUGGAAGUUGAAUACCAGUGGGUGAUGGGAAAGUUAUGGUGGACAAUUGGGUUGAUAGUGAUAAGCAGGGUUAUAAUAUUGUUGGAGAAAGUGUUGUUUAAGCCAAGAAGGAUUCGGUCAGUGAUUGAAAAACAAGGUAUCAAUGGACCAAAGCCAUGUUUUCCCUAUGGCAACAUUUCUGAGAUGCAGAAAAUUUGUCCUCAACCUUCUGCAUCUGCUGAUCCGUAUCAGGAAUGGAUUCAUUCCCUGUUCCCGUAUUUCCAAACCUGGAAACAACGCUAUGGUUCAGUUUAUCUAUACUCUACCGGACUGAAACAGCAUCUAUAUGUGGGGAAGCCAGAACUGAUAAAAGACAUAAACCUGCACACGUCCUUAGAUCUAGGCAGGCCUUCGUAUCUAAGCAAACCAUUAAUGCCAAUGCUUGGAAAUGGCAUCCUCAGAGCAAAUGGACAACUAUGGUCUUUCCAGAGAAAUCUUAUUGUUCCUGAGUUCUUCAUGUCCAAAAUUAAGAACAUGAUAGAUAUUAUGGAAGAAUCCACCUUAACAAUUAUCAAAAAAUGGGAGAGGUGUAUAACCGAAAAUAAAGAAAAGAUUGCAGAGAUAGGGAUUGAAGUUGAUUUGAAGAUUCUUACAGAAGAUAUUAUUUCAAAAGCUUGUUUUGGAAGCGAUUAUGAACAAGGAAAGCAAAUAUUUUCAAAAUUGAAAGAUAUGCAAGCUGCACUUUCAAAGCCUAGUAUACUUUUUGGAUUUCUAAACCUAAGUUUUUUUCCAACUAAGGAAAGCAAAAAGAUGUGGAGGUUGAAGAAAGAGGUGGACGAGUUGGUUAUGAACAUCGUCCACAAUCGUGAAAUACAAAACCGAGAGAACAAUGUAGAUGAGAAACGAGGUGAUCUAUUACAAAAAAUACUACAAGGUGCUGCAAGUGGCGCAACUUCAAAUGACGUCGGGCAGAACAAGAAUCCGAUAAUUAUAGAUCUCUGCAAAAAUAUAUACUUUGCUGGCUCUGAGUCAACUGCUCUUGCAAUUUCUUGGACAUUGUUGCUCCUUGCAUUACAUCCAGAAUGGCAACAACGCGUUCGAUCUGAAAUUUUGGAUACUUUCGAUAACAGUUCGCCUCAUUUUUUUGACGACUCUAGCAAAUUUCAAAAAUUGAAAGUGCUAACAACUGUGAUUCAAGAGAGUUUACGUCUUUACGGACCUGGAGUGUUUGCGACAAGGGAAGUUUUAGCUGAUAUGAAGUUGGGAGAAUUCAUGCUCCCUAAAGCUUGUAAGCAUCCUCAAGCGUAUAUACCAUUUGGACUUGGGAGUCGAAGUUGUCUCGGUCAAAACUUUGCCAUUACUCAAAUGAAGAUAAUACUCAGUCUUCUUAUUUACAAUUUCUCGUUUGAGGUUUCGCCAAAUUAUAGGCAUUUUCCUGUCUAUAAUAUGUUGUUGAUGCCAAAAUAUGGACUGAAGCUUCUUGUUACCAAGGUUGAUAGAUCAGGAAAAUGA